UAAAUUUAUUUAUAUUAUUUCAUAUUAAUGCAUUAAUAUAAAUAAUUCAAGUAUAUGUAUUCGUAACUAACGUUCACUGAUUCAAUCAACUCGGCUGUAUUAGUUUAUUUAUUUAGGGCCGUUUGUUCCAACUUCUUGAUAAUAAAUUACCUAUCAGAUAAACAUGUGUGUCUUUAUUUAUUUUUUUUCUGAUAGGUAAGUUUACCAAGAAAUUGGGACAACCGGCUCUUUAUUUAUUUAUUUGUCUUACUUAAUCCUAAGUAAUUCAAAUGUGCUCCUAAUUAACAUUUACAGGCACGAUUCAUCAUCCAUUCAAUUAGCCAGCGUUCCACCCGCCCCCCCUCCUUCGCACUUUGGCAACUGUCAGUUGUCGGCACUGAUGCCAUACAGUGAUUGUUGUCGGCAACCUGUCACGGCUGUCAUAGAGCCGUGCCGCGCUGUCACUUCUGUGCCAUCGGUCGCGUCUAUCUUCGAGAGGAGCGCGCUUGUAUAUCAACACGUUCCGCCGCUUAUCGGGCGCGGCUCCGCCUCGCGACCGCUCCGUUUCUCCCAAGCUGCUCGCGCACAGCUGACGCGCCUUCCACCAGUUCCACCGCCGUUUGCGUCAUCGCCGGCGGCAAUCGUGACAGCAAAUCCGAACGGCCACCACCACCACCACCACCGUCGCCGCCAUCCUCCACCACCACCACGUUCUCUCCGGAAGUCCGCGUUGCUCACGAUCUUCCGCGAUCGGUUCUCGUGCAUACGUCACGUCACAGCGGCGGAUCACCUUCGUCGUCGCUUGGCCGAGCGCUCCGCCACCGUUAGUCCGCACUCCGCGCUCGUCCUCGCGUCAGUCGCGCUCUGUCACGCGCGCCUGUUCAUCUUUGACCGGCGGAUCCGAAGACAAAGGUUGGUGAUCGUCAACAUGUUCAGCUGGUUAAGCCGCGAGGAGAACAGCAAGCAGGACCUCUUCGAAAAUGUCACUGACGGGCUCAAGAGGAUAUACAAGUCCAAGUUGCUGCCAUUGGAGCAGUAUUAUCAAUUUCACGAUUUUCACUCACCGCAGUUAGACGAUCCGGACUUCGACGCGAAACCCAUGAUUCUCCUGGUUGGACAGUAUUCCACUGGCAAGACCACAUUUAUCAAGUACCUGCUGGAGAGGGAAUUUCCUGGUAUCAGGAUUGGACCAGAGCCCACCACAGAUCGAUUCAUAGCAGUCAUGUACGAUGAAAAGGAGGGAGUUAUUCCUGGAAACGCCCUGGUUGUAGAUCCGAUCAAACAGUUUAGGCCACUCUCCAAAUUCGGCAAUGCGUUCUUGAAUAGGUUUCAAUGCUCGACUGUAGCUUCACCAGUUUUGAAAGGCAUAUCUAUAGUGGAUACCCCUGGUAUAUUGUCUGGUGAGAAACAACGAGUUGAUCGAGGCUAUGACUUCACAGGUGUUCUAGAAUGGUUUGCUGAACGCGUAGAUAGGAUUAUCUUGUUGUUUGACGCUCAUAAGCUCGAUAUAUCAGACGAAUUCCGUAGAUCUAUUGAAGCCUUACGUGGACAUGAUGAUAAAAUUAGAAUUGUUCUUAACAAAGCUGAUAUGAUAGAUCAUCAACAGCUCAUGAGAGUAUAUGGUGCUUUAAUGUGGUCAUUGGGAAAGGUGUUACAAACUCCAGAAGUGGCUAGAGUUUACAUUGGCUCAUUUUGGGAUCAACCAUUAAGAUAUGAUGUUAAUAGAAGAUUAUUUGAAGAUGAAGAGCAAGAUUUAUUCAAGGACAUGCAGUCACUUCCAAAAAAUGCCGCAUUAAGAAAACUUAAUGACUUAAUUAAACGAGCACGUUUAGCAAAGGUGCACGCGUACAUAAUAAGUGGCUUACGAAAAGACAUGCCGAGUAUGUUUGGCAAGGAAAACAAGAAGAAAGAACUGAUCAAAAAUUUGGGUCAAAUUUACGAUCAAAUUCAAAGAGAGCAACAGAUUUCACCUGGUGAUUUUCCUGAUCUUAAGAAGAUGCAGGAGUGCUUGGCGCAUCACGAUUUUAAUAAAUUUAAUCCCUUGAAACUUAAGUUAUUAGAAGUGGUGGAUAAGAUGCUUGCUGAAGAUAUCGCGAAGCUCAUGGCUAUGAUACCACAUGAAGAAGUCACUACCGUUUCCGAACCACUUAUUAAAGGAGGAGCGUUUGAAGGUGUAGAAGAUCAAAUUAGUCCAUUUGGAUACAAAAGGGGAGAAGGAAUUGAUGCGGGUGCAGGUGAGCCAGAAUGGAUUGUCAAUAAAGAACGAUAUAAAUAUGAUAGCAUCUUCGAAUCGCUUGGACCACAAGAUGGAAAAAUUACGGGAGCAGCGGCUAAAUCAGAAAUGGUCAAGUCCAAAUUGCCAAACAGCGUGCUCGGAAAAAUCUGGAAGCUUUCGGACAUUAAUAAAGAUGGAUUCUUAGAUUCUGAUGAAUUUGCCUUAGCUAUGCAUCUAAUUAACAUAAAGCUCGAGGGAUACGAUUUACCGGCCGAGCUGCCAGAACAUUUAAUACCGCCAUCGAAACGUGACACAUAAUAUACAAUUUUUGUAUUAUAAUUUAUUACAUUUAACAAAUAAUUAAUACACGGCAGAUAUUAACACGGUUCAUCAAUCGUGCGCUAAUGCCAGCAGUUUACAGAUUCGAAAAUUAUGAAAUACUUUCACAACCACAGCUGUAUCAUAUUAUGUGUAUGUUAUAUUACAUUGAUAACGUAUAUCGCGAGGCCAGGGGACAUAUAUACUUGCAAUCUUUGAAAAGUUAUUGCAUAAAAUUGAUCAGCGAUAGAGAUAUAGAUUAAAUAUCUUUCAAUAUUUUCUGAAAUAUAUAAGGAGAGAUUACGCAUAUGUAAAGCUAUACACAUAGUAUGCGAUACUUAUAUACUAAUAUAAAUGUAGUAUAUAAAUGAUUUAGAACAUUUGUUUCUUUUAAGAUAUCAAAUUGUUAUAUUCAUACAAAAAUCUUAAUCUUGGAAUUAUAUUUGGUUUAUAAUUUCGAAAUUUUUUAUAUGUAUAUGUGUCCUGCAUUACAAAAUGUCGCUGAUUAAUGAAUAAGAGACUGCAUGAGAUAUGCUAAAGCAAAUAGAUUUUUUUUUAAUAUACAGAAUAUUUCCGAGAGAAACAUUCCAACUUAAAAAACAUGUUCUCUUGGAAUAAAAACAGCUUACAUGAAGUUAACAUUUAUGAAAAUAUUUUUACAGAACUAAAAAUCUAUAUAAAAAAAUAUAAAUUGUCAAAAAAAUCAACCUAUUUUCUACUUAAUAGAAUAUGUUUACAAAGUUGGAUCAAGUCUUUUUACAGAACAUUUUAUGCUAAAAAAAUUAAAGAUAGAUGAUGUGAGGAUAUAAAAGACUGGAUUAAAAGUUUUGUAAAAGAUGAAUUAAAUAGAUUUUGCAUAUUUUAGAAAAAAUAAACCUAAACUCCAAUAAUUUAUUUUUAUUAAUAAUAAAGAAAUUUAUUUUAUUUCGUAUUAUUGUUUAGAAUAUUUUGUCUUUAAGUUUUAUAGGAAUAGAACUUCAUCAAUUUGAUCAAAAUUCUUGAAACUUUCAAAGUUUUAACGGAAAUACAUUUUCUUAUAUUUGUCAAUAAAAAGACACAAUACAUGUUAUUAUAAAUUGAAAAAUUUCAAUUAUGUGUUUAAAUUAAUUUACAGUGCAGUCUAUGUUUAUAUUAUAUAUUGUAUUAUGGAAAUUUGCAGAUUUGUGAAGGUUUUGUUUCUUCUGCGACAUUGACCAAAGAUACAAUGUUACAAAAGUGCAUCACACAUGUGCAAUAUUAACAAGCUAAAACAAAACAAAACUUAUCAUUAGCAAAUUCUAUUUGUAAAACUUUGAUAUUAAAAAGCAUCUCUUGUUAUGAGAAUCAUGAAAGAAGCUGAUGUUAGAAGAAAAUUAUGUAUUUAUUAUUUUUUUAAUUAUACACGCUGUAGAAAUGGCUAUAACAUUAUUAUGUUGAAUUCUCAAUUGCAUUUUUCUAUUAGCACUGCCUUCGCAUGUCGCGAGUUUAUGUGAUAUCAGAAAGUAUAUUCGUCUUAAAAACUACUUAUUCGAAAUCUCUAUUCGAAAGAAUAUUCAUCUCAAAAAAUUUAUAUUAAAAGAUACAAUUAAUCGAAGAUUAUUUUUGACACAUAAAUCAUAUAUUUUAUAUAACAUAAAUUUACUUUAUGUUAUAUAACUUUACAGUUUAUUGUCAAUGGUUUUAAAGUGCACAAAUGUUACACAUGGAAUGUUGCUGCAUUGCUUUUCUUUCAUUAACAUUCCAUAUUUAAAUAGAUUCUUUUAAUCACCGUUUAUAAAAUGAGAAAUUUACGUUUAGCAAAUAUUAAUAUAAUUAAAGAGAAGAGA